UUUCAUUUCUCGCUCAGACUUCCAGCUUCUCCUCCUUCGGCCUCUUCGCGAAGCCCAGGCUCCCCGUUUUCGCGGAGCAGACAGCGCCGGCCAUGGAUCCCCGGCGCGGAAAAGCCACGGGGACAGCUUCAAAGGCCAGGACCGCUCCCUCCAAGGUUUCGGCUCAAGGAGUUAAGGGUCCCCGGGAGGAGCCCAGCGAAUCUCCGUCCGCCACUGGGGCCGCCCGGCCCAACGCACGGAAGCGCUCCGCCGUCGGGGCAUCGGGAUCCCGGCGGAAGAGUAGCCCGCCGGCCUCCCCGGAGACACCGCAGGUCCGCGCGCGGGGUGCCCGCGCCAAAAAGGGGCCGCUGGACGCCGAGGACGCGGUGGAGGGGCAGGCGGUUCCGGCGGCGAAGCCGCCCCAUCCCAGGGCUCCUUCUCGCCGCAGGGGCAGCGCGCGCGCCGCGGGGGAGCAAAGACCCCCGCCAGAGCCCACGGAGGGCCCGGGGUUUGGCCCGCGGGUUUCAGCUUCGGGUUCGGCGCCCGGCGCCUGGAACCCCCGAGCGGUGCUAGAGAAAUUGAGGCUGAGGCGCCAGGAAAUCUCACUGGCGGCGGAGACCGUGAACCCGGUGAUAGACCACCUGCUGCGGAGCUUGAAGAGCUGUGAUUCCGAGUUCAAAGAUGUCGCGCUGCUGCGCACAGGAAGCUACUACGAGCAUGUGAAGGUUUCUGUUCCUAAUGAAUUUGAUGUUAUGUUCAAACUGGAGGUCUCCAGAAUUCAGCUAGAAGAGUAUCGCAACAGUGGUGCGUUUUACUUUGUGAAGUUCAAAAGAAAUCCUAAAGGAAAUCCUCUGAGUCCAUUUUUAGAAGGGGAAAUAUUAUCAGCUUCUAAGAUGCUGUGCAAGUUUAGGAAAAUCAUUAAGAAAGAAAUUGAAAGCAUUAAAGAUGUCACUGUCGAGAAGAAGAAGAAAGGGAGCCCUGCCGUAACGCUUCUUUUUAGGAAACCUAAAGAAAUAUCUGUGGAUAUAAUCCUGGCUUUGGAAGUAAACACCAGCUGGCCUGCUAGUACCAAGAGUGGCCUGCCCAUCGAGCGCUGGCUUGGAACAAAAGUUAGAAACAGUCUCAGACAGCAGCCAUUUUACCUGGUGCCCAAGCACGCAAAGGAAGGAAAUGGUUUUCAAGAAGAAACAUGGCGACUAUCCUUCUCUCACAUUGAAAAGGACAUUUUGAAAAGUCAUGGACAGUCGAAAACCUGCUGUGAAAUUAAUGGAUUGAAAUGUUGCAGGAAAGAUUGUCUAAAACUAAUGAAACAUCUCUUAGAACAAUUGAAAAUAAAGUUUGAAAAACGAAAGGAACUGGAAAAGUUCUGCUCUUACCAUGUGAAAACUGCCUUCUUUCAUGUAUGUACCCAGAAGUCAGAAGACAGUGACUGGCAAACCAGGGACCUGGAGCUCUGCUUUGAAAACUGUGUGACAUACUUUCUUCAGUGCCUCAAGAUAGAACAUCUCGAGCAUUAUUUUAUUCCUGGAUUGAAUCUAUUCUCUCGGGACCAAAUUGACAAAAUAAGUAAAGAAUUUCUGUCACAGGAAAUUGAAUAUGAAAGAAACAAUGGAUUUCCAGUUUUUCAUAAAUGUUGAAAUUAUACUUUUAAAAAGAAUCAAGAAUUAGUUUAUAAUAUUGAAAUGUUUGAAAUUUAUCACAUCAGUGAUUAACUAAAAUGAAUGUAAAUCAUAUAACCCUCUGCUGUCUUAAUGAACUCUAAUCAGUAUAAACAGAUUGAUUAUCCUAGGAGAGAGAUUAGUCAAGGAAUAAGAAGCAUAAAGGAGUAUUUACAAUCUAAAAGAUUUACCAGACUGGAAUGAAAAGGACAAAAUACAUAUUGCCUGAAUUAAAUUCAUCAAGCACUUACUGAAUACCACUUCUCACCUAGCACAAGUAUGUGGACGGUUGCAAGAGACAACAUUAGAAACGGUAGACUUCGUUCAAUGUUCAAAUAUAUGGAAGCAAUGUCCUGUCACAUAUGCCAGAAUCGGUAAGAAGGAAAUGAAAAGAUAAGUUCUACAUCAUCUCUGCAUGCUCAGGAAAUCCAUAAUGUCACAAAAAAUAUAGAAUAAUGCAUGUGGAUAAGUAUAAAACAUGCAACUUACUUGUAUUUUUAGUAACACUUUUAUAUUUCUGAAAAGGUAAUACAUAUGCAUGUUCAACAGUCAAAGAAACAGGCACUUCCAUCCGUGGUAUUUCCAAAUGUUACCCUUUCUCCUCUGAGCUCAGGCAGCGUUCAACUUAGAAGCAGCUGCUGUUCGUUAACUUUUUCCCACUCAUAUUUUGCACAUUUUCUUACUGGCUAUCUUGCUGUUUUCUCAAUUUUUGUACGAAGUCUUUAUAUACUUUGGAUUAUACUUUAUUGGUUGUCUAGGUAACAAAUAACUUCUCCCCUUGUGUGGAGUGGCUUUACCAUUUUUGGUGUCUUUUAGUAAACAAGGUUUUAAAAUUUUAAUGUA